UGCUCUAUCUCUGGCCUAGACAACCAACAGCAUAGCAUCUAGCUGGGGGUUGUGUUUCCUGGCUACCCAAUAUUCAUCUAACCUGGCAAAUCCAAGCGUAGAUCUUGGCUGUGACCUCGCUUUUCAACUCCUUUCGACUUCGCUUUCGCUUUCUGUCGCAAUUCAUAACAGUGGAACCUGGUACGGCGAAAACAUCACGUCAAUAGAUACUAGUUAGACAAGUUAUAAUACACCUGGCUUCAAGAUGGAUCCCAACAACCGUCUUUAUCUUAAUUUCGGCAAUGGUAACGACCGGCUUGCCUCGUCCGACCGACAAUACCCUACCACACCUUCGACCUUUCCUCAGCCGGUCUUCCCUACACCUUCGCAACCGCAUCUUGCCCCUCAGCAGCCUCAAGUUCCGCAACAAUAUGCUGGUGGCUAUGCUCCUUCCAAUAGCUACUUUGCGCCCAAUCAAUACCAAGGUCCAAGCGACUUUGUGAACUCUCAAGGCUCAGCGUACCAGCCUCGAUCCAACACCCCGGGUACUAAUGAUCCCAAUGUUGGUCUGGCGCACCAGUUCUCUCACCAGAACCUUGGGGGCUCUGCCCGAGUCAAUGCCUAUGGACCACGUGGUCCAGCACCAGCACCACGACCUCGAACCGCAGGUUCCUCUGGCCAACAUCCGUCCUAUAAUUAUGCGAACGCCCCCCCGAUGCCCACAUCUCGCUCAACCGACUUUCAAAUUGCACCUGAAAGAAACCCAGAGAAAUAUGGUGUCAACGCGAACAAUAAUCAGAAAAAGUGCUCUCAAUUGGCAGCUGACUUUUUCAAGGAUAGCGUUAAGCGUGCCCGAGAGCGUAACCUAAGGCAGAGCGAGAUGGAACAGAAGCUACAAGAUGUCAACCAGCCCGCAGCGAGGCGUGAGCAGAUCUGGCAGAACGGCGGCAAGAAAGAGGCUCGCUAUUUGCGAUUCCUGCGAACCAAGGACAAGCCUGAGAAUUACACUACGAUCAAGAUCAUUGGAAAGGGUGCCUUCGGAGAAGUGAAACUCGUCCAGAAGAUUGCAGAUAAACAAGUCUAUGCGAUGAAGUCCUUGAUCAAAACCGAAAUGUUCAAGAAGGAUCAAUUGGCUCACGUACGAGCCGAGCGAGACAUUCUAGCCGAAUCGGACAGUCCUUGGGUGGUUAAACUCUUCACCACCUUCCAAGACGCCAACUUCCUCUACAUGCUUAUGGAAUUUUUGCCUGGUGGAGAUUUGAUGACAAUGCUUAUUAAAUAUGAGAUCUUCUCUGAAGACAUUACCCGAUUCUAUAUCGCAGAGAUUGUAUUGGCGAUCGAAGCUGUCCAUAAGCUUGGCUUCAUCCACCGUGAUAUCAAGCCUGACAACAUUCUGCUCGACCGGGGCGGCCACGUCAAACUUACCGAUUUCGGUCUAUCUACCGGCUUCCAUAAGCUUCACGAUAAUAACUACUAUCAGCAGCUUCUACAAGGGAAAUCUAGUCGGCCUAAGGAUCGGAACUCGGUUGCUCUUGACCAGAUUAAUCUGACGGUUAGCAACCGUUCCCAAAUCAACGACUGGAGAAAGUCUCGGAGACUGAUGGCAUACUCCACCGUGGGAACACCUGACUAUAUCGCCCCGGAGAUUUUUACUGGACAUGGCUACACGUUCGACUGUGAUUGGUGGUCGCUGGGUACCAUCAUGUUUGAGUGUCUCGUUGGAUGGCCACCGUUCUGCGCCGAAGAUAGCCAUGACACAUACCGCAAGAUCGUUAAUUGGCGGCAAUCUCUCUACUUCCCGGAUGACAUCACGCUUGGGACAGAAGCAGAGCAUCUGAUUCGAAGUCUCAUCUGCAAUACCGAAGUACGAUUAGGACGGAGUGGAGCGCAGGAAAUAAAAGCCCACGCAUUCUUCCGCGGAGUUGAAUUCGACAGUCUACGUCGUAUUCGCGCUCCAUUCGAACCUCGUUUGACGUCUGCGACUGAUACAACUUACUUCCCGACGGAUGAGAUCGAUCAGACUGAUAAUGCGACAGUCAUGAGAAACCAAGCCCUCGCAGUCGGAAGACAAGUAGAGGAGUCUCCUGAAAUGAGCCUACCAUUCAUCGGAUACACGUUCAAACGGUUCGAUAACAACUUCCGUUAGUCGUGUACACUGCCUAUUCACCCUUGCCUGUUCAGAGGCUUAUG